AUGCUCGCAGACAACGUCAAGAUGGUCAGCCUCUCGACUGCCAGCCACUGCACACUCAGGCAGAGGCCCCAGCAGCAUUUGAACGCAGAGAACGACAACGGCAGCAAGAGCGCGAGUGAGCUCAAAGCAGAGAGGCACGGCACGAAGACCCGCCUGCUGCUCGCUGACUACCGAACUCUCAGAGCUGCAGUGAAGCUGGCGGUCACACGAGGGAAGACAGCCCAGCUGGCAGCGACAGCGUGUUUACUGACGCAGGAUUGCGUUGAAGGACCUCCUACCCCACCUGCCACACUCAAACAGAUGCAAGCCACAUGGAGGAGCCUUGCUCAAAAGGCGCGCAGAGCGAGAGAGCGAGCUGCCCAGGGUCAGCUUCAAGAUUCCAACCUGCCCACAUCGAAUGCUGGGGCACCUCCUCCAUCAAAUCGAACCCUUGCACAGCGUGCGCGUCGAGAGCGCGAAAGAGCUGCACGAGAGGGCAUUCACCAAGACCAGCAAGUGCAGGAGCCAAAGGCACCUCAGCCAUCAAACCGAACUCUUGCACAACGUGCGCGGCGGGAGCGGGAACGAGCUGCUCAACACGGAAACGAACAAGAGUCUGACUAUCGCCCUGCUGGACCUAAAAAGUUUGAGAGGGGUAAAAUCGAACAUGCCCAUUCGUACAACGGAUGGCGACCCAUCGCGUACGCGUAUUUUGAAGAGGUCAGCAAUUACAGAAACUCGACAACAGUGGAGCAUUCAGGAUUCAAGAUGACGGGCAACGAUGUUGUGGAUCUUCAUGAGGCUCUCUGGGGCCCAGUCAAGGGACUUAGUGACGGUGCCAACGAAGAGGAGAAGGUCAAGCAGCACACCCAUCUGGUCGAUACGGUUCGUGUACUCCUGGCAGCUGUUGGAGUUGACUAUGAGGUUGCUUGCACCGAAGGCGAAGAGGACUUCUUGUGCAGUACCUGGCAGUUGGAAGGUGUCGUAGACAAAGAACGAGGCGCGAGGACACCAGGUAUGAGGAAGGUCGAUGACUACGAGGACGAAGACUCCGACGGCAUAGAUGAUGAUGAUGAUGAUGAUGACGAUAAUGAAUCCAACUAG